GUAUCAAUUGCUUUGACAGUUGCUUCUAUGGGUCCUCUCAUAAAAAAUUUCCAAAAUAAUCCCUUCUAAUAGUGACUGUAUAUCAAACCAGCUAAAUACCAACAGUGUAGCUUCACCUAUUCCUCUCAACUUUUCCCCUUCAUCUCUAGAUUCUCAUGUAGCUUUCAUUUAUUCAAUUCUUCUUUUUCCUCUAUAUUUACCUCUGCACCUUCCAUUGAAUUUUCCCAUCAACCAAACACACUUGCUUUUGCUUGAGUUGCUUGUAGAAUUGCAAUGGAGCAAGCUCAGUACUUGAUGUUGAUGAAGAGGACCCAAUUCUUGAAUUCAAACUUUCAUUCUUGGGAAGAGAAAGCUUUUGCUGAAGAUGCUUCUAGGAAUCUUGGUGGAUGCAUAUGGCCUCCUAGAUCUUAUUCUUGUAGCUUCUGUAAAAGAGAAUUCAGGUCUGCUCAAGCCCUAGGUGGUCAUAUGAAUGUUCAUAGAAGAGAUAGAGCUAGGCUUAAACAAUCUCUUAGUCCUCAAAAUGAUGUUCUUCAUCCUCUUAAAUCAUUUGAUUCUCAUUUCCCAUCUGAGGUUUUCACUUUACAUUGUGAUAAUCUUGACUUUAACUCAGGUUCUAGUGUUGUUGCUUCAACUCUUGCAUCUUCUAGGGUUUCAGCCAUGUCUGGUCCAGAAAACUUAAGUCAUCUUACGUUUGUGUCUUCCCAUCCUUGUACCAUUACUGAAGAAAAGCGUAAAGUGUCUUCUCUUAUCUAUGAUCUAUCUGGGUCAGAUUCUUUAGGGGUUUUGAAGAAUCCGGGGGAGGAAGAUUCGACAAGCUUGAAUCAUGAAGAUUUUGUGGAAACUGAUUUCUUUAUGGGAUUCGAUUCUGUUGUUAGGCGAAAUCCAGCAAGUGAUUCUCAUGGUGAUAUCAGUUGUAAGAGGCCUAAUGCCACUGCUUUCAUGAUUAAGCCAUGCUCAAGUGAUAGAUACACUCAUCAAUCUCCAGAGUUGAUUGACCUUAACUCUACCUCCAUUGAAGACAUAGAUCUUGAGCUCAGGCUUGGUAAGCCACCAAAGGUGAAGUAAUGCAUGCAGUUGAAGUUCUUUAAUAAGAGAAGAAAAGUUAAAUUCAUCUUAAUUUGGUUCUUCCUUUUUUUUUCCUCUUUCUUUAUUAGUUAAUUUCCCAUUUGAUCUAAAGAAAUCAUAGGCAAAGGCUGCUACUGAAAUCUUGUACAAAUACUGAAAUUUGAGUAGAAUGAAAAAGAAAAAGAAAAAAAAAAAGCCUUUCCUU